AUGCUGACCGUGGACGACGGCGUGAAGACAGAGCUACAGCAGGCACUCAGCAACCGCUACACACCGGCCAACCGCACACUGAACCUAGGCCAGUUCCACGCCGACCCCUAUAUCCGGGGCAAGGGCCUGUACCUGCCGCUGUCGCGGCAAAACGUGGUCUCCGCCGUCAUCGACAUCAUCGUCGCCAACAUCCCCGAGGUGAUGGGCAUCAACCUGUCCAAGAACAAGCUGACCAGCCUGGUGCCCUUCAAGCCGCUGAAGAACUCCUGCGCCGACCUUAAGGCGCUGGACCUCAGCCACAACUUGAUGGGCACCGUGGGCCUGCUCGACUCGCUGUCGGGGAUGCCGCUGGUCGAACUCAACCUGGACGGCAACAAACUGUGCGACGGCUUCACGGAGAAGGCCGACUACAUCAGCGCCGUGCGGAAGCGCUUCCCCAAGAUCGUCCUGCUGGACAACGUGGAGCUGCCUCCGCCGAUCGAGUUUGACGUGGAGGACGACAGCGUGGCGGCCAAGAAGUUGCCCGAGUCGAAGAGCUCGUUCUUCUGCGGCUCGCAACCGCGCGACAUCGCGCUCAUGUUCCUGAAGCAGUACUUCGACGUGUUCGACGCUGACAAGCGGGACGCCCUGAUGGACGCGUACCACGAGCGGUGCCGCUUCAGCCUCAGCGUGUCGCUGCCGCCGCGCAACAGCUCCGACAGGCUGCACACCUGGAUGUCGGACAGCCGGAACCUGCAGCGCACGGCGCGCGAACGGCAGGCGGCACUGCUGCGCUCCGGCAAGCUGGAGGUGCUCGGCGCGCUGGCCCGCCUGCCCAAGACGCAGCACGACUCCAACUCGUUCACCGUCGACGUGCCCGUGGCGAACGAGCGUCUGAUGCAGAUCAGUGUGUGCGGCGUGCUGAAGGAGCGCGAGGAGCGGCACACGCCCGUGCGCGCCUUCUCGCGCGUGUUCGUCAUCGUGCCGCACGGCCAGGGGUUCUGCGUCAUCAACGAGAUGCUGGUCGUCACGCCGGCCACCACGGAGCAGAUCAAGGUGGGGGCGGACCGCCACGCGGUGGCGCAGCGGGAUGGAGCACUCUGGGCCGCUGGUGCGCACUGCUGA